GGCUGCUGAUCCGAUCCUGUCCUCCGGCGGCAUCAAACGUGCACCAGAGGGCGCUCCCUCUUUUUAAGGCCUCUCCAUUUCUCGCCCCCAGCACACCUCCUCCUGUCCUCAAUCUCCUCACCCCACUUCCUUUUCCUUCCAGCACGCCACACCACAUAGCACACGCGAGCACAGCCUCCGGCCGCCGCCUCUCUCUCUCUCCACCGCCCACUGCACUCUCCCGUCGUCAGAUCGGAGAAGCCUUUCCAUGAAGGUCCUGGUGAUGUCGCGCCGGCGCGGCGCCGGCGGCGGGCUGCGCAUCAAGAAGAAUGCCCGCGGCUUCAUGUGCGGCUGCGGCGGCGCCAAGGCCGUGUCCAUCUCCGAUGGCUCCGACAAGCAGUCGCCCAUGGCCACGCCGCAGACCGCCGCGUCGACCACCCCUCUCACCACGGUGUCCGCCACCACCACCGCGACGACGACGACGGUGGCAGCGAAGGCGAGGAGAACUAGCAGAGCGGGGGACAGGCCGGCCGCGGAGGCCCCCUCCUCGUUCUCGUCCUCGUCGUUCUACGCGGACACCACCACCGACGACGGCCCCAGCAGCAUGGAGAGCACGCCCAGCCUGUCCGCGCUCCUGCGCCAGCUCGGCGACCUCGAGCGCAGCGUCCGGUUCCUGCACGCCGGGACCGGGGCGGCCCCCGGCCACGGAGCUGAAGCCGGUUCCGGCGCCGGCGCGAAGCAGAACGGCGGCGGGGGCCGGCGGCACCGCCGGACCGUGAGCGAGGGCGGCGGCGGUGGGUCCGGGCGCGUGGAGGAGAGCGUGGCGGUGGUGAAGGAGUCGGCGGACCCUCUCGCCGACUUCCGGCGGUCCAUGCUGCAGAUGAUCGUGGAGAAGGAGAUCGUGGGCGGCGCCGAGCUCCGGGAGCUGCUGCACCGGUUCCUGUCCCUGAACUCGCCGCACCACCACCACCUGAUCCUCCGCGCCUUCGCCGAGAUCUGGGAGGAGGUCUUCGCCGGGUACGAGCGCACGCCGGACUUCCUCGUCGCCCACCGCAGGAAGAAGCAGCAGCAACAGCUGGCGACGACGACGCGCGGCGCUUGAUUUCGCUCGCUCGCCCGAUCCGUCCAUCCCGGUCGAUCGAUUGCAUUUCCCCCGUUUGACGAGUGAGGCGAGGUUUGCGCGCGUGGUAGGGUUUUUGUUUGUUGAUUUCUUGACGCAUUGGUUUCAUCAAGGACUCAAGGUUGUGGACUGGUUGUGUACAAACGAUUGAACGGACGGGCCAGCAGGAAAACCGAUGGCUCCAUGGGCCUUGUUUUCCUAAGCUGCUGCGUCCAGACUUUCAGUGUAUUUUCCCUCUGAAAAUCCAGACAUCCAGUGCAGAACUGCAGAUAGUGGUA